CGUUAGCCAAUCUCAGUUCAGAUCUCAACGUUGUAACAUCAAAAUUAAAAAUUGUAAAAAGUGAAAGUCCGUUUUUAUCCUUUUUUACCAACCAACUUUGAAGCUAAACUAAAUCGUUUUAAAAUCAUUAAACAGUAAACUAACAUGGGCGAUGAAGGCGGUGGCGGUGGUCAUGGCAAGGGAGACCUUAAGUCUUUCCUCAUGGACUUCAUGAUGGGCGGCGUUUCAGCUGCCAUAGCCAAAACGGCAGUGGCUCCUAUCGAGCGCGUGAAGCUCAUUCUGCAGGUGCAGGAGGUUUCCAAGCAGAUCGCGGCAGAUCAGCGCUACAAGGGCAUAGUCGAUUGCUUCAUUCGCAUUCCCAAGGAGCAGGGCUUCUCGUCGUUCUGGCGCGGCAACUUGGCCAACGUAAUCCGAUACUUCCCAACUCAAGCCCUUAACUUUGCCUUCAAGGAUGUGUACAAAUCGGUAUUCCUCGGGGGCGUGGACAAGCACAAGCAGUUCUGGCGCCACUUUGCAGGAAACUUGGCCUCUGGCGGUGCAGCAGGUGCCACAUCUCUGUGCUUCGUUUAUCCACUGGACUUUGCCAGAACCCGUUUGGCCGCCGAUGUGGGCAAGGGCGGCAAUCGGGAGUUCAACGGCCUGAUCGAUUGUCUAAUGAAGGUGAUCAAGAGUGACGGACCCAUCGGUCUGUACCGUGGAUUCAUCGUGUCGGUGCAGGGCAUCGUCAUCUACCGAGCAGCAUACUUUGGAUUCUAUGACACUUGCCGCGACUUUCUGCCGAAUCCGAAGAGCACACCGUUCUAUGUGAGCUGGGCGAUUGCCCAGGUGGUCACAACCGUUGCCGGUAUUGCCUCCUAUCCCUUCGAUACUGUGCGUCGCCGCAUGAUGAUGCAGUCUGGCCUGAAGAAGUCCGAGAUGGUGUACAAGAACACAGCCCAUUGCUGGCUGGUGAUUGCCAAGCAGGAGGGCAUUGGAGCCUUUUUCAAGGGCGCCCUAUCGAACAUAAUUCGCGGCACGGGCGGUGCUCUGGUUCUCGCCCUUUACGACGAGAUGAAGAAGUACUUUUAGCCCCAGUGUGCCGCCGUUUGUGGUGGGCCAAUUCGAUCGCCAGCAGCAGCAGCAGCAGCCCCGGCCACAGCAAAUGUCACACCACGAUGGCGUAGCACCAACCGAACACACUGUCCACCUCUUCGUCGAGGAGGACUUGCUCCCACGAGCCCAGUAGUAAAUUAAUAAUUUGAUUUGAUAGGUCGCCCCACAUGGUGGUCGGUCCCUCAUUUCAGAUUGUGUUCACUUUCGCAGUGGUUGAGAAAAUACAAAUAAUAUAUUGAACUC